CCACUUUAAGCUGGGCGUCCGCACUAUAUCCCGUAUGCCCGGGUGUGUCCGGGAUGCACUCAAGAUGGUGGUUGACACCACCGAGAAGUACGUGAAGAGCGAGGAGGAUUCGGAUAUCGGCUGCCUGACUGCUAUCUUUUUGCCGACAUGCUCCUCUUCCCGAUGAAUCGCGGUAGGACGGAUGGCCGCCGCAAGUGGGGCACCCGAUUUCAGCGGUUGGCUGGAGAGUGGCAAGGACUGCUCGACGAGUCCAAGAAUUUUGCUCAGCAGGGUCGCCACGUAUUCGCUCCACAUGGCGAUGGACCAGUGAGAGACGUGCGUGAACCAUCAUUGGAGGAGAUCAAACUGCAAGCGACGGAGCGACUGGUGAAGCAGGGGGAGCUGUCACGUGCGGCAAGGCGGCUGACGGCUGCUAAAGUCGCUCCAGCGACAGCUGCAACACUCCAGCAGCUCAAAGACCUACACCCUGCUGCCCCGUCGCCUACCAAGCCGCAGCCCCAGCACAGCCCGGAUGGGCUGCCCACGCUUCUCACUGUCCCACCCAGGGUUUUAUCGGCUGCCCUCAAGACGGCGUCAUGAGGAUCCGCAGCUGGCCCUACAGGUUGGCGGUACGAGCACCUGCGUUCUUGCAUGGCAGAGGGUGACGCAACGGCGCAAGACCAGACCGUCGCCCUACCCUCUCUUGUCAAUCGGAUGCUCCGCUUGAGAUAUGCCGGACAGCUGCACUAAGACUCCUUCGGCCGCCCGCCUUUUUGCUUUGAUGAAAGACAACGGACGGGUCCUGCCGAUCGCUGUAGGUGAUGUGCUUUAAAGAUGGGUGACGAAGGCGGUUUGUAUCGAGAGCAAACUUGCCUUCAGGGAGGAAUUUUCACCCCUGCAGUUUGCGGUCGGUACGUCGGCAGGCGGAGAAAAAGUCUUUCGGGCCUGUCAGACCUUCAUGGAGCCGCGACAACUCGGAUAAGCGUGUUUUGGUGACUUUGGAUUGCAGAACGCCUUCAACAGCAUCGACCGCCAGGCAAUCCUCGACGAGCUCGGCACAAAGUGGCCGUCCUUUCUCGACUUCUUUUGGCAGUUCUACGGUACCCCGGCUGAACUGUGGUAUUGCAUGGAGGAUGGACGCACAGAGACCAUCCUUAGUCAUGAGAGCAUCCAGAAGGGCGAUGCGGCGGGCCUUUUUCUCUUCUGCCUAGGCCUCCACCCCGCUCUCGCUGAAGUGCAAGAGGAGUUCUCCGACGACUUUAUUGGUACGUUCAUGCACGACAUCGAUGGUGGACUGGACAAGACACGUGUGACGCGGUAUGUGGACAGAGCUGAGCAGCUUCUGGCUGAGAAGAAACUGAGGCUGCGAAGAGACAAGAGUGCUGCAUGAAGCCCCCGCUAGCAACAAGACUCCGACGUCCCGGCGGACAUCGCCGUUUGCAGCGUGAAGUGUUCCUUUGGGGGCAUCACUGUCCUCGGCUGCUGCUUGGCGCCAACUCUUUCAUUCAGCGCAGCCUCGAGAAGAUCACCACUAGCUACCAGCCGCUGCUCGAGCCAAUCGUGACCUUUGCCCAAAUAGGCUUGCAGGGCUCUGGCCUUCUCCGCUAUUGUGCAUCCCCUCGGCUACACUAUUGGCUGCGCCUCCUCCCGCCAGACUCCGAUGUCUCCCUGGCAGCCGCCGAGCGACAUGACGCCGCCAUCAUUAUGGCAUUCAGGCGCAUGUUCUGCUUCCCUAGCGACUUCCCUGACUCGGUUUCCGCCCAAGUGCAGCUGCCCAUCCGGCUGGAAGGCUUUAGCCUUAUCUCUUCAACCACAAUUGCCCGUGCGGCUUUUCUCGGCUCGGUCGGAGUGACGGCAUUUGAUGUCUCUGGCCAUUUCCGCGGAGCACUAUGGAUGCCUCGGGGUAGGCCCGUUGCUCUACUGGACCUGCCCUGGCUUCAAGGAGCGAGUGACCGAUCAGCUGCAUAAAUUCCACUUCAACAAGCUCUUCAACUCCCGCCCGACAGCAGAGCCCGAGCCCGUCUCUUGAGCUGCCAAGAGCCUCUCUCGUUCGGUUGGUUGUCCGCAAUCCAUUUCAGUGACACCAAGGCGCUAAACAACUUCCAGUAUCGCCAUGCCAUCGCGGAGUGUCUCGACGUUAGCCUCCCGUACGCAACCGUCUUGCAGCGAUACACCAAGGCGAAUACGAAAAGGCACGUGGCCUUGGCGAACCGGGCUAUCGGCGACCCAUGAUAACAUGCAGGCUAGCUGGGAUUAUCGGCGACCCAUUUAUAUGAAGGCAAAGGCAAAGAGACAGGCAGCAGAGGCAGCAAAGUCAGUCAGCGCUCUCAGUCCGUCGGAAUAAGGAACAGAGAGUGGACUCGUAAAACAGAUACCGAAUACCCAACAUAUGUUGAGUUUUCUGAAGAGGUACUCUCUUCACCGCAAACGGUGCGCCAAGUGUUUUAGAAACACAGGCCAAUUGAAUUGUGGGCAUCUCUCUUGACCUCUAUCGAAAGGCAGAUCGAUCAACGAUAGAUGCUUGGUAAAU